AACUCAACCUAGAUUUCUAAAGUAAAAUUAUUAACCAAAACUAUGGCGGUGUUUGUAAUGCCAACUAGAGAAAAAGUUGUUCAUGUUUCGGAAAUUGUGUUUCAACAAAUUUUGGCCGUAUUUGUGAUACUUGUGAUAUGGGAGAUAUUUGAAUCAUCCAAUUACCAUGUAGCAUCGAAGGAAACAUGGCAUAUAGUUUUUUGUGUACUAGGCGCUGUUUCCCAUGAUGCUUCUAACAGUUUCAACGCCGAAGAAAUUGCUUUUGAACCCGAUCUUGUACCAGAACUUCAAAAUAAAUCUGCUGAUGCUGAAGACGGAGUUCAUGUAGAACGUGGUAGAGGUAGUGCAGCCUUUUUCAGUUCCGAUCCGUGUUUAUGGGAUAAAGCACGAGCGAUUCCUCAGCUCAACAAACUCAAGCAGCCACUUGCAAUAGAGGGUGAAACAAAUUUUGAAGUCUCAUUAGGUGCUAGACCUGACAAGAGCUUAGAAGAUGGGAAGCCUCUUAACGAGGAAUUUGUAGUCGGAUGGGAAACAUAUUUACGCAAGGGACUUUACCGUUUAUCGACCUGGAUAAUAUCUUUUGUAGCGAUACUAGGAGGUCUGUUGGCUUAUCAAGCAAGAGGUAUAUCAAGAAUAAGUCCAUCUAUAAUUAAAAUCAUCCACGUUGUUAUUGGUUUAUCUGCUUAUUUAAUUGCUAUUGUUACUUUAGUAUUUGGUUUAGAACAUUUAAUGGGCGCUGGAACUAAUGGUUGGAUAGCACUUACUAUUCUUUUCCUAAGUGUUGCUGUUUAUAGUUUAAUAGGACCACUUACCUCAUUAUUUAAUUACAUAACAGGAAAGUAAACUGUAUUAAUUUUCAUGAGUACGAUACAUCAAAUCGUCGUUGAAGGAAUGACAUUCAUAUACAGUGAAGUUGGAAUAAAUUCGAUAUUUGCUUCAUAACUUAUAAAAACAGUACUAACUAAUUAAAACAAAAAAGCAACCCAAAAAUAUAAUUAUAUAAUACCUG